CCUCCUAUUCUCUAUACCGGUGUGUGCCCCGCCGACGACAGACGUCGGCACAUUAUUAUUUUGUUCCUCACAAAUAAUUAAAUAAUAAACGCUUUAUUAUUUUAUUUAUGAAUCAAAAAGUGACUAUUUUGGACCCUAGUGACAGUGUAUGUGACUGGAUGUACGAUAACAAUAUUUUGGUGUUGGCAAAGUUUUUUGGAAUUGUUGACAAGUGCGCUGGUGUUUUGUGUUGUAUUUAUUAUGCGAAUGGAUUGCUGCCGCUACAAAAUAGUUUGACACGAGAUGACCUGACAUAUCAGCAUAUCGGCCCAAUGCCGGUGAGUACGUCCCAUUCGGUUCAAAAAGCGGUAGAAUGAGAUCAGUUCUAAAAAGGAGCAGUUUAAAGGAGGAGGAUGAAAAAAGUGCAUUCUAACAACAUAAUGACGAUGAAAAAGAUAAUGGAGACACUCAGAUUAGAGUUAACUUGACAAAUGUUAUUAUCAAUGGUGCCAAAACAGUUGUGAUUAAACUUGUUAGUGAUAUUGGUGGUGUUAAUGAUGAAACUGAUAACGUUAUAAGUGUAGUGCGAAUAGAUGAUGCUACAGUGAUAGGAGACUGAAUAAUGCCUGAUCGGGAGUCAGUUGGUGGUCCUGGGACUGCGGGAAGCGCUGGUUUUCUACCACUACAGUUUCCGUCUGCGUUCGCCGCAUUCCAUGCAACUACUCCUCCAGGAGUGCCAGCUACGGCGAUGCAUCACGCAACACACUACCAUCAUCAUGCGCAGUUGGCAGCGGCGGCGGCGGCGGCAGCGGGCGCUACCAGCGAGCUCAGCUACCUCGCCGCUCUCCACCCAGCGUACCGGCCCGUACCCUACGACCAUCCGCUGUACGGCGCUAACACUUUACGAGGCUUAGAAUAUUUAAGUGCAGCGAGGAGUCUACAUCCAGAACUUCAUGCAGGCAGUACGUUAGCGAGUCAAGAGUUCCAACUCAGUUUAGAAGGAUCAAGAAUAGCCUCUCAGAACCGUCUAAGGUUAUCCGGUGGGGCGAUCAGUGCGUCAGCUAACAGGAAGAGGGCGGUUUCCUGGAGCCCCUACUCGGCGGAGUCCCUGGACUUGGCUGCUGUGAUACGCGCGUCCCCGGCCAGCCUCGCUGUGAGGGCCCCUUCUGCGGCCUCUACUGGCAGCUAUGGACAUCUCAGUGCAGGAGCAAUAUCCCCAGCGCUGUCGCUAUCGCAUGCAUCGUUGGCGCAACAGCUUCUGGCUCGCGGCGGCAGCGGCGUCAUCCCCGGCGGCGUGCUGCUCGACCCCGCGCACCAGCAGGCAGCAGCGGCGGCGGCACACCACGCCGCGCACGCGCAUCUGGUGGCCGGCAUACACAGAUCUCACAUAUCGUCACCGACUCAGCUGCUGAUCGCGCCGGUGGACGUGCGGCCCGGCCUGGGGCUGGACGGCACGCCCCCUCACAUGCAGCAACCGCAUCAGCAACCUGAAAUCACCAGUGUUAUGGAGGCUGAUAGUGCAUCAACGGCUCUCAACCAGCGCAAGUCCCCACAAGUGCUGAUAUCACACCGAGAGAACAUGAACAGCAACAAGCCAUUGUCGGCGGCGGCAGAGAGCACGGUCCACGACGGGCUGGACUCUAAGGAUGAGCCUGGAGACUUCAUUGAGACUAACUGCCACUGGGUGGACUGUAAGCUGGAGUUCCCAACACAGGACGAUCUAGUAAAGCACAUCAACACAGACCACAUCCACGCCAGCAAGAAAGCCUUCGUCUGCCGCUGGGUCAGCUGCUCCAGGGACGAGAAGCCUUUCAAAGCGCAGUACAUGCUUGUGGUGCAUAUGAGACGCCACACUGGAGAAAAGCCUCAUAAGUGUACAUUCGAGGGAUGCUGCAAAGCUUACUCCCGGCUCGAGAACCUGAAGACCCACCUGCGGAGUCACACCGGGGAGAAGCCCUACACGUGCGAAUACCCCGGCUGUGCGAAGGCUUUCUCCAACGCCAGCGAUCGGGCGAAGCAUCAGAACAGAACUCAUAGUAAUGAGAAACCGUACGUAUGUAAGGCUCCAGGCUGCACGAAGCGGUACACAGACCCGUCCUCCCUCCGCAAGCAUGUGAAGACUGUACAUGGUGCUGAGUUCUACGCCAGCAAGAAACAUAAAGGGUGCAGUCGAGGAGACGAUUCAGCCGAGUCUGGGGGUGGUGGCGCGGGAUCUUCGCCACGGUCGGAGGAGGGUGGAGUUCCUAUGGGGGUGAGGGGUCACACGUCCUCGGCCUCUGUCAAGAGUGAGAGCCCAGCUUCACCCUUACCUCAUGGUCUACAUACACCGGCUCAUCAGUUAUCAGCACAAUGUGGUGGUGAACUGGACUUCGGUGUGUCUGGUUUGGGCGGGUUUAGUGAUGAAAACGGCGCUCCCUACUUCAGACUAGAUGGCGAGGUGGAACAGGAAGUGGUAGGGGAAGUGGGACAACUGCCCCUCAUGCUGCGCGCUAUGGUAGCGAUAGGGGAGCCGCGCGCCCAUCAUCACGCGCCGCGCUUCGGACACAAGAUGGGAGUGGGGAGACUGAUGCCGCCCAUACACGGGGCAGAUGUUGGUGGAGGUGGUAUUCAAGGGCGGACAGAAAUAGGAGGUACAAACGUAGCGGUAGAACUGAAGACCGGACUGCCCAACACGAGGCGAGACUCUGGAAUCUCUUCUGGAAGCAGUUUGUAUAGUGCUAGAUCGUCGGAUAUCUCGCGCAAGAGCAGCCAGGCGUCAGUGGUGUCGGGCGCGGUGGUCACCACCACAGGCGUGGCCGGGCAGCAGAGGCUAGUCGCGCAGCAUGCGGCCAUUUAUGACCAACUGUCACCUGACAGCAGUCGGAGAUCUAGUCAAGUUUCCUGCGUAGGCUACGCCCCGCCGCCGUCGUCAGCAUUGGCUGCAGUUCAAGCUGUAAGGACCUCACAAGGCAAUCAGGCUGUACUGCUUCGAGGAGUCACGUGUUCAGAAGUGAGAGCAGAAGAGUUAGCCCUAGAACUGGAUCCUAACGUGCAAGUGAAGGAGGAAGCCAGGAGAUUGUCAGAGCAAUCCAACCUCAGUGACCAGGCUCAGGGAUAUCAGCCAUAUCCAUGCACCAAUGACGAUGUGGGUGAUGCUCCCUUCCCAUUCAAGACAGAAGAUGAUCAUGUGAUAUCGUAUAAAGAAUCUCGAUCAAAUUCCACAAACACUGUGGUUAUCACCACAGCACAAGUUCAUCACCCAAAUCAAGAAGUCAAUCUUGAACAGGUCGCGGAAGGAGAAAUGGUGGAGAACAAGCUGGUGAUACCAGACGAAAUGAUGCAAUAUCUUAACCAAUCAAUAUUGGGAACCGACUCGGUAACACCAGCAAAAACGGACUCCAGCAAUCCUGACCCAGAAGGAGCAAACAAAGAAAAAGAUACAACAACCAAAGACAUUUUAUCCAGUGAAAUACACCAUACAAACAAUUCUAGCGACAAAAUCAGUGAUGUUGCGACGAGUGACGAUUCCCUUCUCAAAAAUUUAGGUGCCAUUGGAAGUGAUCUCAACAUAAGUGAUAUUCAAGUUGAUUUAAGGUCAUUAGAUGUUAGUAUGUCUGGUAACAGCGGCUCUCUAUUAGCCUCCAAGUCUUUAGAUGAUAAGAACCCCCCUCUUUCGGAACAAGUUAUACCGGAAGUUACACCAGAAACAUGUGAACAAGAAUUCUCAAAACCCCCGACAAGUAAUGUUGUUACAAGCAACCCUUUGCAGUCUUUACAAACUAUGACAGCAAAUCAAACAGAUCAAUCCAAUAGAAUGCGAGUCAACAACCCCCUACCUCAAAAGCCCGCUAUGAGUCCAAAAACAGUUGUCAUGACACAAACUAUCAUGAGUCCCAGUUUAGCACAUAACAUGUUAAGUCCUCAGAGUCUACCGCAUAGUUCAAUGAGCCCACAGAGCAUCAGAAGCCCUCAGCAUAUGCCUCAAAGCAUCAUGAGCCCACCAAGCGUAUACAAUGUCAUGAGUCCGCAAAGUGUCAUGAGCGUCAUGUCUCCACAGCACAAUGCAAUGAGCCCACAAAGUAUGCAGAGUUUAUUGAGCCCUCAGAUGCCAAAUCAAAUGAUAAUGAGUCCCCGACACAACAACAUUGGAAGUCCUCAUUCCCAGAACAUCGCAAGUCCCAUGAUGAACAUGGCAAGUCCAAUGACGCAGAACAUUGCUAGUCCGAUGAGUCAUGGCAUGCCAAGUCCAAUGCAUCCUGGCCUUCAAAGCCCAAUAACAAGUCCUAUGGUACAAAACAUGUCCAAUAUGACGAUGCAACCAGUGCCAAAUCAAAAUGCGAAUAUAAUGAUGAGUAACAUGAAUCCUCCUCAACAAAUGACGGCAGCACCACCCUAUAAUAACCGUCCCAACUGUCCUCCAAAACUUCCAAACAAAAACUUUAGUAACGUUCCUAAUCAAUACCAAAACCAAAACUACGGCCCAGCGCCACCUUAUCCCAUACAAAACCAAGUCAAUGUAAACAUGAGAAACCAAAACAUUCAACAGUACCAGAUGAUGCAACACUAUAAUCCUAAUCAACCACAGGUGACAAUGAUGCAAAACAACCAUCAAAACAUGGUUUAUAAUAAUCAAAUGACAAAUUACGUUCAACCGAUGAAUUAUCCAAAUCAAAAUGCUCAGAUGCAUCAAAUGCAGUUAUCACGAUCUUCAGUAAUGAGCGUCGAUAACAGUGGAAACAUGAGUCGUGGUGCUAUGAACAGUUACUGUGAACAACAGAAUGUAUGUCCUCCCAUGCAAAACGUACAAUAUAACCAGAACAUGCAAUAUCCUCAACCGCCUCCAUACAAUUCUGUAGCGAACGCUGCUAACGUAAUGGGUCCUCCACCACCAAAGAAUAACCAUCAGUACAACCAGGCAAUGAUGAACAAUAACCAAUACUACAAUCAUCAGAGAUCUUACAACCAAUGGGACUAUCCUGGCAACCAAUUCAACAAGCACAACAUGCAAAAAUCUGGUCAGAAUUCAGUCAAUAUGUCUACAGGUAGUCAAAAACCUAUAAACGGUGCGAGAAUGUCAAUGAAUUGCAAUCAGAUGGUCAAAAAUGCUGCGGAGCAACAAGCGGACUGCAGUAUGAAUAGUUUGAGAAGCCAAAACAACCAAACUGAUGUUCAAGUUUGGGAUAUCUCUCAGUCCCAAAUAGAGGCUACGAAUGGAAGAAAGAAAAACCAAAAUACCAUGCGUCAGGAGACAUAUCAAAGGACCUUGGAAUACGUAGAGAACUGUGAGAAUUGGAAGAGUUCUGAAAUGGUAUCCAGUAGCACACAUCCUCUACAGGGCGGUGACAAUAUGGUUGUGAACGAUCUCCAAACUUCUCUAUCUUCGUUUUAUGAAGAAAAUCAAUAUCUUCAGAUGAUACAAUAGCAUUUAAGUUUACAGUAGUUCUGAUACGCUUCUUUUUUCCUUUCCUAAGUGAGUGAUGUCGCCAUGCUAUACAGAAUAAUAUACCAUAAAAAUUAAUUAAUAUAUUCAAGUAAAUUUGGCUUUUUAUCUCUUUGAACGACUUUUGGCUUUUAAUUUUUUGCCUUUCGUAGCAUUGCUAAUCCCUCACGCAGGAUGUCUUUUAAGUCACUGAGAUUGGAAUGGUGCAAAGAUUCUUUAAAUGUCUUUCCACUGCUCCAAGAGACUGAUUAAUUUUAAAUUCUAAAUUUAUUUGCUUAAAGUACAUAAAUUAUCUCGUAUCAAUGAAAAGACAAGUAUCUUAUGAUUUAGAAAUUUCAUUACAUUGUAACUUGUUUAAAACUGUUAUAUGACUAAACUCAUUUGAAUUUGUCGGAAUAUGAUAAAAUUUUGGCCUAACUGGAUUUUUGACAUCCAGCUCAUAUCUGGUGAAGUGAAAAAAGUUGAAAAAUGAAUGAAUUAUAAUUCAGUAUAAUUAAAUUUAGAUGCGUUAAUAAAAUAUUUUAACAUUAUUACAAAAUAAUACUGAUGAGUGUUGUUGCAAAUUUUUAAAUUUGAGGCACAAUAGACACGUCUGAAAAAACUACUUCGAACUGACCACAAUACGACAUUUAAUUUAGUCGAUGGAAGGAAGUGUUAAAUAAUAAUUAUCGUAUUAACUUCGACGUUUGAUAUUGGCGUAUCGUAAACGUUUGGUACGCUGUGAUUUCGCCAGAUAUGUAGAUAUGUACCAGCUUUUUAUCAGAAGAUUGUUCAUGAAUGUAUGAGGACGAAGAAAGUGUGUUUCCUUCAUCAUACUCCGAUAAAAUAUGAGUUUGAGUUUAUUUACUUCAUUAUACAUAUCGUAUACAUUUUUAAAACCAUUGUAAAUAAUGUAAACAAACAUCUGAUGAAUGUCUUCCAUUUUUUAAGUACAAUAAGAGAAUAUUGCAUUUUAACUCGUAUGUGAUUUGAGUGCCUCAACGAAAUGUAAAAUUGUAAAUAAAUGAAUUUAUUAUGUGCCUUUAAAAGCAGUGCAACUUUGGUGCCUUUUGUAAUUUUUUAUAUACAUUAGACAUUUAUAUAAAUAUACUAAUUAUAAGUCCUUAUUGAGAUUAUUAAAUAAAAUAAAGUGUACAAAAUGUUAGACAUGUUUUUUUUAGAAUUUUUACAAAUGUUAGUCUUAGGGUAGUUUUACUAAGAGCUAAUUCGUAAAAUAAUUUUAGAUUUUUUUCGCAAUACGAAGCACCGAUUCGGUGUCAUCGAAUCUCCUGUUUUAGUGUUUUAUCCUGAGAUUAUUAGAUUUAAGAAUAAUCAUUGUUAAUGUUUUUUUUUUAAUUUAAUGACAAGACGCACAAAACUAAAGUGUAUUUAGUUAUUAAGAGACAUGUAUUUUGUAAUAAAUUAUUGUUUGUAAAAAUAAUUUUGUAAAACUUUUUGAGACCUAUUUUUAAAGAACCCUAUUUUUAAUGAAUAAAUUUUUACUAUAAACAUUU